AUGUCUGAUAACAAUCGUUAUCGCUCUAGGUGCAUCCUUUGUGGAUCUACGGACACCCCCCUUCCCGAAGAAUGCAGCAUGUGUCGCGCUGCAUCUUUCUGCAGUGCUGAAUGCAAAGGGCGUGCCGUUUUCACGAAAAAGCACAUAGGAUGUGAAGCCGUGGGCAUAGCAAGAUAUCGGUAUGAAGAAAAGUUGGGAAAAUAUCGCGAUCACCCCGUGUAUCGAUAUCUCACCGACCCGGACAACAUGGAAUAUCAUCGACUUCCGGAGGGACCGCAGUACCCUGCUGCGCAAGCUUUCCGAGGGGUUCGUUGGCGCUUAGCGGCUUCUCUUAGAUUCAUCCGUACCAGGCAGGCCACAAAAGAAAUGCUGCAGCUUAUACGGGCGGAAAUUUUAUUGGGCGAUUUUGCAUACCGCGAUCGCAUUCUGGAGAUUCUAGGGCCAUCGCUGCUAAUGGGGGACGACAAUACAUGCUAUCAGAUCAUCACGCGAAUGUGCAAACACGAGGUAAAGGGAGUGGAUUUAUUCUCGACAAUUCAGUCCUUGAACCUAAACCUCAUGGAAGGUUCAAAUGGCAUGGAGGCCUUGACCGACAUGGAUAUUUUGAGUGACAUGGAGCUGUUCAGUUGCUAUGACAAUCUCCGUGAUGUUCGUCAUAAAAGAACUUUCAAAAUAGCAAUAGCACUCAUUAAGUUCAGGCUUCUCCAGAGACUGAAUUGCUUACCGGUAAUGACGGAGACCAUGGGACCAAAGGUUCCACAAGAGAUAUUGGAUGUGAUCUAUGAUUGUGUGGUAAAAACUGAUUUUAGUUCAGAUCUACUGCAAAGGAUUAAAUCACGGGAGGACCACGAAAAUGCCGUUGCAACUCUGACUAAUGAUAUAGAUACUUUGUUCCAAUGGGUGGGAUUGAAGAAUUGGUCUCUCUUCCUUGACUCGGGAAACUCAGAAAAAUGGGUCGAUAAGAAAUUGCAUAAGGCCUUUUUCGAGACUCCUGGCGCUGAGAAGCAUUUCCGCGAGUUACUGGAUAGGCACAGAGCUGGAGGCGAGUGGUGGCAGGUCUGA